AGUGAAAUACACGAAGUCCUACGAUGUCAAGACGACGUUGAACACAAGUUUUUAGACAGCUUCGUCAUUCCGUUAAUAUUUCACUGAACGCGGUAAAAUGGCGAGGAUAUUCGACAAAUGGUUCAUGCUGCCUUCGACGGAGAUUAUCGUGUUCAGCGUCGCAGGAAUCUGCUCGACGGUGAUGGAGGAGUCCGUGCUGACCAUCCCGGAGCGGCUGGAACAGGUGCUGCGGUUCGACUACCGCGGCUACGAAGAGCUGCAGCCCUUCGAGCUGAGCGCGGCCAAGAGCGCCAUGUGCAUGGACGUGCUGGGCCGCCGGCUCGCCGCUCCCGUCUACCUGCUCAGCUACUUCCUGGUGGUCUGGGUCGCCUUCUUCGGCAAGUACCCUCGCCUGCUCGUGCCGUGGCUGGUGAUCGGCUUCUUCAGGCACCUCAUGCUGAACCACGUCAGCAUGCUGACCGGGGCCUACCUGGGCGCCCGGGGCGAGCUCACCUGGUCGCUCCUGCAGUUCGUGCUCGUCAAGGUGUUCGAGAUCAUGAUGUACGCGUACCUGUGGUACAGCGUGCUGCUGCUGUACCGAGGGCUGCGGCUGCUGGAGACUCUGGAAGAUGUCGCCACCAUAGUGCAGCCCCCUGGUACCCCCGCUCCCCAGACGGCCCGAGAGUGCUGCCCAGGAGCCGCCCGUAGGCAAGUCCCAGGUGCCGCGCCGCGACGUGGUGAUGGAGACGCCCGUGAAGACGGCGGGGACCCAGCUGGCCCCGCGGCGGUCGCGCUCCGUGGACGAGGGCCUCUCGGAGCUGCGCGACGACUGGGACGACGAGGACGUGGAGCUGGUGGGCGACUACAAGCAGCGCGCCAUGGACUACCUGGGGCUGCAGUACCCGGAGCCCCCGGCGGCGCCCGCGGUUCCCCCGUCCCGCCGCGUCAUCUGCACGGACAGCUCCUGCGACAAGGCGGUGCAGGUGAACACCAUUAGCAAGCGGUGGCUCAGGAAGCUGCAGAAGCAGAUAAAGGACGCCAUGGACGACCCUACUUGGCCGAGGAUCAGCCCGCGGCGCGGCCUCUGGUAGAGCGCUCCUGCCGACGGCUCCUCGCUGCUGCGUGGGCUGCCGCAUCACAAUGUGUUUUAUUUUUUAUAAUUUAAAAGUGUGACUUAAAAUAUGAAGUUCAUACGUGGAACUUUGAGAACUUGAUUCAUGAGAACUAAGAUUUCAAGAAAAAAAAAAAAGGGCACAGCUAGGUAAAUAAAAUUUAGAAUCAUCAUAUGUUUUUGCAUCACACACAGCAAUAUGCGAUUUAAAGAAAAGCGUAUGGCUGUAGAAACUCAAAUAAGUAGCUGCAGUGAGUUGUGUGGUGUCAUCUGUAUUGAUUAUUUCGCCAAUAAAAUAUUAAAAAUAAUAAUAGU